AUGUCGAAACUUCUGAUCGCAGCGCAUACAGGAAAUUUUCAUGAAGUAAAACGCUUAGUUGAUCAUGGUGCUGAUGCGAAUGGUGAAAUUAUUCGCGAUGUUUGUCCUCUUCACAAUGCAGCAUCAUCUGAUUCACUGGAAAUUGUCAAAUAUUUAGUUGAACAUGGCGCUGAUGUAAAUCUGAAUGCCUUUAGCGUUGGUAGCCCUCUUCAAUCUGCAGUAUCAUCUGGUUCACUGGAAAUUGUCAAGUAUUUAGUUGAACAUGGUGCAAAUGUAAAUUUGAAUACCUUGAGCGCUGGUAGCCAUCUUCAAGCUGCAGUAUCAUCUGGUUCACUGGAAAUUGUCAAAUAUUUAGUUGAACAUGGUGCUGGAGUAAAUAUCAGAUUCUUUUGUGUUGAUAGUCCUCUUCACAAUGCAGCAUUAUCUGGUUCACUUGAAAUUGUGAAAUAUUUAGUUGAACAUGGUGCUAAUGAAAAUUUUAAAUCUUUUAGCCUUGGUAGUCCACUUCACUCUGCAAUAUCAUCUGGUUCACUUGAAAUUGUCAAAUAUUUAGUUGAACAUGGUGCUAAUGUAAAUUUUAAAUACUUUAGCCAUGGCAGUCCUCUUCACUCUCCAGUAUUAUCUGGUUCACUGGAAAUUGUCAAAUAUUUAGUUGAACAUGGUGCUAGUGUAAAUUCUAAAUAUUUUAGCCUUGGCAGUCCUCUUCACACUGCA